ACGACUGACUGACGACUAAUGGUGGACUAGGAUUAUAUUAUCACUUUGUGCAGGCUGCUACGAAGACAUCGAAUUUAAUUCCUUCAUUUAUAAGAUGCCUGUACAUUUUCUGUUCUUGCUAAUAUUUUUCUCGGUCUCUUAGCAGUGUAUUUUACCUAUACAAUCACGCAAUGGAUUCUCUUCGAAAAUGGUUUUAUAAACCUAGGAGGGAUGACCAGUCUCUGUUAGCUCAGUUUUUCUACGCAGACGAAGCCCUCAACCUGGUGGCUGCUGAGUUGGACAGUUUUGAUGGCCGCAAAGAUCCCGAGAGAUGUAGCUCAUUGGUCAACCAUCUUAGGCAAUGUCAGGAUAAGGUUCUGAACAUCUGCAACCGCAUCAUGGAUGAACUGAUUCCCAACGAGAGGGCCGACAGGGACUUCAGGGUCAAGUUCCCUGAUGACGUGAUGCAAGACAAUCUCGCAGGCCAGUUGUGGUUCGGAGCUGAGUGUCUGGCAGCAGGAUCUAGCAUCAUGAACCGUGAGACAGAGAGUGGAUCAAUGCGGCCACUAGCCAAGGCCCUGACCAAGUCUCUGGAGAACGUUCGUAACCUGCUGCGAGAGGCCAGCCUCCGCACACACGCACCCUCGGAACUGGCUCACGACCGUCUCAUAGAGUCACUCAAGAUGUUUGACCGGCUCCUGGCAGACUUUGAGCUGUGCUACGUGUCCGCCAUGGUCCCUGUCAAGACCAUACAGGAGUACCAGCUGCAGCAGGAUGUGGUAGUGUUGUUCUCCGAGACAUUGCAGAGAGCUCUGAAGCUUGGUCUACUGAGCCAAGAGACAGUAGACCAGUGUGACCCAGCCCUCAUGUUCACCAUCCCCAGACUGGCAAUAGUGACAGGACUUUUAGUCUACCCUGAGGGACCCCUUAGUCUGGAUACCAGCCCACACCACAUGUCCGAGAUGUUCAGGCCAUUCAGGACUUUGUUGGUCAAGAUCAGAGAACUGUUAUGGACGUUGACAGAAGCUGAGUUGUUGACCCUUGAAAAAAUGUUGUGUUCAUCUGAAGACCCAGGGUUGCUGUCUCGCAAGCCUUCUUCUAAUGGUGUUGCCGACUUGAGUGAGGAAGAGAGCUCGGGGUGGGGAGGAGAAGGGGAAGGUUCUGAGUGUGAGACAGUGAUGGAGCAGCUGCCAGCAACAUUAGUGCCUGCUGACGACUCCGGGGUGGUGACUCUGCAGAGUACAUCAGACAGUCCGGAGAGUCUAGACGACGUGCCGCAACAGACCAGCACAGAGACGGAGGGACCCUCCACACCUGACGAGGCUGACGACGAGAGCGACGGCGAGGAGGGAGUCAUCAACCUCAAUGGCCAGUGGACACUGCCGAUCAUACCCUGCGCCUGCUCAGUGGACAUAUCAGAGGACGCUACGAUGACCAAGCAAGGCCUGCUAAACAGGAGCUUGCAACAAGACACGAUAGAUAACACCUGCGAGGAAUGUUUAUUGAAACAGAUGAACGAGUCAAAAACCGAAGUGCCUUCAAAAACUGAAGAGGAUGGAGAAGAUAACGAGGACGUUAGAUGGGCUUGUGAUACCGAUGUGCCUAGCACUUCGGAAAGAGACACUCAGACUGAGAAUAAUGAGAGUUCUGUAAAUAGUGUGCAGUCUGAUUCUAGUAGAGACAUUAUAAAUACUGAUAAUUAUAACAAAUUUAAACCAAAUGUAAAUUUAAACGAUUCUAAAGUGAAAUGUGUAGAGUGGAAACCGAAAAGUCAAAGUGGUCAAUCCUCUGAGGAUCUUCAUGUUCGUUACGCUGAAAAUUGGGAAGCACUUUGUUCUUCUGGUCCUCUGCCCAAAGACUGUGAUAACAGACAGAGAAGUGAGCACGCAGUUGACAGUCUCUCCUCCUCCUGUUCCAGCUGUCACACCACGCUCACGUCCAGUGUAACCUCCGACAGUUGCAGCAUUACGAGUGAGACUUCCUCCUUCAACUCCGAUUGUCAGGAUGAUGAGGAAGUGGCUCUCGCACUCAAGGCUGUGCAACAUGCUACCAAGAUGGAGGCUCGCGCAAAGUUCAGAUCCAGUGGAGAUCUUCUGCACAGAUUGUUUGUUUGCAUCUCCGGUGUAGCUGACCAACUACAAACAAACUUUGCUGGUGACCUCCGCCACAUCUUGAAAAGUGUCUUCCUUAUCAACUCCUCUGACAGCAAACCCGAAGAGGAAGAAGAAAUCCCAGAAAUUCCUCCAGAAGUGUGUGAGGACGCCCUAGAGUGGGGAGGCAAUACACAGGAGGGGCUGGUGGAAGCUGCUCCAUUGUGGUUGCCAGACGAGGCGGCUCCGGUGUGUAUGGCCUGUCAUGCAAUGUUCACUGUCAUUCGCCGCCGACAUCACUGCCGUAACUGUGGAAAGGUGUUCUGUGCGAGAUGCAGCUCCAACUCUGUGCCUCUGCCUCGCUAUGGACAUGCCAAGCCUGUCAGAGUAUGCAAUCGCUGCUUAAUAUACAAAGUGACACCAAGUUCUGGUUUCAGGUGUUCUGUGCGAGAUGCAGCUCCAACUCUGUGCCUCUGCCUCGCUAUGGACAUGCCAAGCCUGUCAGAGUAUGCAAUCGCUGCUUCAUAUACCAAGUGACACCAUUCUCAGUCGAGUCUAUUCCUACACAUUAGACUCAGUAAACAUUCCUUCUCUUUCCGCUGGUCGGAUUCUAUUUAUUUUUGUACUUUAGUAUUGUACAUUUGCAUUGUAAAAGAAAAGCUGUACAAUCGAGCUUGAAUGGUAAUGCGAGUGGAUUUGGUUUUCUCUUCUUGAGUUUUCGGAAUUAACUUUCAUUUCAUGCUUCUAAAAUUGUAACCAUAAGUAAUAAUUGCAAACAUGAUGAAAAUAGUAAAUCAAUAUCUCACGAUCACCCAAUUUCGUCUGUAAAAAAUGUGAAAUAUUUUUAUUGGCGUGUACCUGAAGUAAUCAAAUAUAUUUUUAUCACAUGGAUUGGACACUAAUCUCAAACUAGUUUAGGUGCUGUUCAUUCAAUGUAAAGUUCUAAUUGUUGGAGUAUAAACUCUAGGUUUAAUCAACAAACAUAUUUUUUUAUGUGACUUAUUUUUGUUGUUGUGUUAGUGGUCUUUAAGAAAAUAUGCCAAGACCUGAGUUGGCCGACUGCUAGUUGCUGUGAGUGUAAGGGUUAAUAAAGUGGGUUUCUCCUAUAGAUAAUGUUCAGUUUAGUUGUAAUCCGUAGUCUCAAUUCACACAAAUGUCCAGAUUAAGAAAAUUAAUCAAAUAAUUUUACCUAUCUGACACUUAAAAAUAGAAUAGGGUUAAUAAAAAAGCUCAAAACUGAUAAGUGGAUAACUUUUUAGCCCUUUAGCCUCCAGCUUCCAUUAAAUUAAGGGCUUAUUUUAUUUUCAAACUAUUGAGAAUUUAAAUUCUUAGUUUUUUAGCACGUCUUCAAAAUGCAUGAUAAGUAACUGAUAAUCUAAACUGUUUUUACUUUGAAUUAACAUGCUAAGAACUCUAAUUUUAUUUGAUUAUUUGGUAUCAAAUAUUUACUGUUGGGCAACUACUUUUACCCUUUUAAAAUUAUAUAGUUAUUGUCAAUAUAUUACCAGAGGACUUUAUUAUAAUAGCCGAUAAAUUUCCAACUCUUAAGUAUUAUUACUAGCCGUUUGAACAUAACGGCCAAAGUCUGGUAUUUUUUAUAUAUUAUAAAUGAUUGACUCGAUGAUCUAUUAAAUCUAGGUCAUCAUUAAAAUCUGCUGUUGCUUUGUUUUAAACUACAAUUUCCCUUCACUACUUUACUUUCUCCUACUUUAACAAGAUCAUUCUUAUUUCAUAGUUUGUUAGGGAAUAGCUAAGAAAUUAUACCUAAGGUCAAUAAAUAGAAGAUGAAUAAUUUGUGAUAAAUAAUUCUAGUUUAUGAAAGAGUGUGUGUAUAACUUGUUCUUUAUUUUGUAGAACCAAUUUGUAUUACAUGAUUACUUUAAAUCUAUAAGCCUAUGUUUGCAUUAGGUUUAGGCAAAAAUAAUUUGAAAAUAAUCCUAAUGUUUUCAGGGAAUUGUUGUAUUUUAGAUUAAAGAAUAUUCAUCAAUAACAUUUUAUUUGAGUUGUUGAUUUAACAAUCACACUUUUAUUGACAUGUGUUAUUCAAAUUCAAGUAACACCAAAAUUAAAACUAUUCUUUCUAUAUUUUUGCUCGGAAAGUUAGCGUGUAAUAUGUUUUACCUUUGAAUAAUUCAACUUGUUUCUUUGAUAAAUAUUCAGCAAAACUGCAGACUAAGCGAAUUUCCAUUUGCCUGAUUGGAUUUUCACUGAAAUAUUUGUUUUUAAUAUGUCACAUUCCUUCCCUAUUUAAAUAACAUGCACUUUAAUUAGUACUUAUGUUUGCUGCUACAUGGAGGGUAAUAAAGUGUGGUUUUAGUGAACAUUUCUAGCUUGGUAUGAAAUAAAUAAAUUUACCGAAUUUGAUCAAAUACAUGCAACUAUAUCUAAAACCAACCUUUAACCCAAGAAACCACAUAUUUAAACAUUUUUCCAUAGUCCAAUCAUGCUGGUUAGCAAGCUCGUUUCAAUAAAUGUAGGUUUAAACGUUUGUACAAAAUUUCAUCAAAAUCUGAUGAUUUUUACUUGAGUUAUUGUUCUAAGACACAGAACAUUAUUUAGGCUAUAUGAAUUUGAACGAAUGGUGUUUUUGGGUUCUGGAGACAUAAAAAUGAAUAAGUUAAUCAAUCCUGAGUCUAGGUCUUAGCAUAAGACUUAUGGUAACAGCUUCUUCCCUAUAUGGGAAAUUCACUGAAAGUACUAAGCAUUACAUUAUAUUCUAAAAUAUUUUAUAAUUCUUACAUAAUUGUAAUAUGUGUUAGUUAAAAUUCUAUUCUUAACAUUCAUUUGCAAUCUUACUAUUAGAGGAUAAUAAAAAUAAACUACAGACAAUAUUUAAAAAAUCAAGUCUUCAAGUUAUAAGUCUUAGUGUAACUAAAUCAUUGUAAAAAUGUAAAUUUGUCUAGUAUUUUUUAUAUAAAUAGCUUUUUUCCUAAUAUUAUGAAUUUUAUAGUGAACAUGGGUCUGAUCAUAUUAUAAUGCUUUGAUUGAAAAAUGUAAUUAGUGUGUAGUAAACAUUAAAAACACCAAAGUUAUCUCCAAACCUUAUAACCCUGUCAUGUGUCAUUGGUUUUAGAAAUUCUAACAAACCUUACUGUCCAUGCUAAUAAUAUGAUUUGUUCAUUUAUUGGUUUAUCUUUGUCGUAAGUUUUAUAAGCAGUACUGUUUUAUUACAAAUCUUAAUGAAUCAUGUAGCAGAAACCCCGAGGAAUCGUAGAUUUCUUAGCUGGUCCUGCCAUUGUAUGCUGCGCAAUGCUAAUGACACAAAUCUCUCAAAAAUAAGUUCACAAGUUUCUUUGCUAUCUCGGGAUGAAUAAUAAUAAAAUAACAUUUGCACAAAGAUAACUUCUAUAUUUUUUAGCUACUGUGUUUUAGUAGUCUUAAGAAUGGCUUUUUUGUAAUUUAACAUCAGUCUCAAGUGAAAAAUUAAUUUAGAAUAAAUAUUAUAUUAUGUUAUGUUACAGUUCCAAUCUUUAACACAAGUUGACAACAAUGUAUUAAGUUUUGCCUUUACGCUGGCAAGUCAUAUAUUUUUUACACUAUGGAUAAAUAACAUCUAAGGCCAACAACCCAAUAAUACCUUCGAAGUUGUUUCUUUACACUCAGAACUAGCUUGAUAAAACUUUGUAUACAGUCUGUAUUACAUUCAUUGCAUACAUUAAUAUUCUAUUGUUAUUGUUGCUUUAAUCAAUCACUUUUAGGUGAUAUAGUAAAACCUAGUUUUCCUAGAAAUAAAUGAGGUUCCACAGUAUAAAUAUACAGAUAUAUUUUUCUAUUUAGUUCUUUGCCACUCUAAAGUUUAUGUAAUUUGUACACAAAUGUAUUAAAUAUAUCUUCUAAUUGAUAUGACUUGUAUAUUAUUAUAAAUAAAAAGUUGGUGAUACAAAUA